CUGUUUGAGAGGAUAAACUGUGGGGCCGGGACUGCGAGGAGUCUGAGGAGUGGGUCAGUGAGAGCGAGGGGAGUGUGAAGCAGGGGCUGCGAGGCCACUGUGACCGAGGGAUAGUGACAGCGAGGGGACUGUGAUUCAGGUGUAACUCCUUGUGAGGAGCCUGCUACCCAGGAGCAGUGAAUGCGAAGGACUCUGACCUCGAGGAGCACCAGACAGAGACUGCGACGGGACGGUGACCGAGGAAGGAAGUAUGAGGCACUGACUGCAAGGGGACUGUGACCACCGGGCAGUGACUCCCAAGGAGACUCUGAUCGAUGGAUAGUGACUGAUAGUGACUGACCGAAGGGAACAUGGAGCAGCGACUGCGAGGGCACUCUGAUCAAGGAGCAGUCACUUUGAGGGAUUGACUUGGAGAAGAGGUUAAAGAAGAUGGAUGCACAGAGUUCAACCAAAGUCAAUGCAAGGAAGAGGAGGAAAGAGGCACCCGGACCUAAUGGGGCAACAGAGGAAGAUGGAAUUCCUUCAAAAGUGCCGUGCUGUACAGUUGGCUUACGGCAGCCAGCUCCUUUUUCUGAUGAAGUUGAAGUUGACUUUAGUAAGCCCUAUGUCAGGGUAACUAUGGAAGAAGCCAGCAAAGGAACUCCUUGUGAGCGGCCUGUGAGAGUUUAUGCAGAUGGAAUAUUUGACUUAUUUCAUUCUGGUCAUGCCCGGGCUCUGAUGCAAGCAAAGAACCUUUUCCCUAAUACAUACCUCAUUGUGGGAGUCUGCAGUGAUGAGCUAACACACAACUUCAAAGGCUUCACGGUGAUGAAUGAAAAUGAGCGUUAUGAUGCAGUGCAGCACUGUCGCUAUGUGGAUGAGGUGGUGAGGAACGCCCCAUGGACCCUGACACCUGAGUUCCUGGCAGAACACCGGAUUGAUUUUGUAGCCCAUGAUGAUAUCCCUUAUUCUUCUGCUGGGAGUGAUGAUGUUUAUAAGCACAUUAAGGAAGCAGGCAUGUUUGCUCCAACACAGAGGACAGAAGGUAUCUCCACAUCAGACAUCAUCACCCGAAUUGUCCGAGACUAUGAUGUGUAUGCUCGACGGAACCUACAGAGGGGCUAUACAGCCAAGGAGCUCAAUGUCAGCUUUAUCAAUGAGAAGAAAUACCACUUGCAGGAGCGUGUUGACAAAGUAAAGAAGAAAGUGAAAGAUGUAGAGGAAAAGUCAAAAGAAUUUGUUCAGAAGGUGGAGGAAAAAAGCAUUGACCUUAUCCAGAAAUGGGAGGAGAAGUCCCGAGAAUUCAUUGGAAGUUUCCUGGAAAUGUUUGGUCCGGAAGGAGCACUGAAACAUAUGCUGAAAGAGGGAAAAGGUCGGAUGCUGCAGGCCAUCAGUCCAAAGCAGAGUCCCAGCAGCAGCCCUACUCGUGAACGCUCCCCUUCCCCCUCCUUCCGAUGGCCCUUCUCUGGCAAGACAUCCCCGUCUUCCUCCCCAGCAAAUCUCUCUAGGCACAAGGCUGCAGCCUAUGAUAUCAGUGAGGAUGAAGAAGACUAACUUUUCAUUCCUCCUUUCCUCUCCCCUCUGUCCCAUCACCUUCAGAAGCUCUCUCUUAAAUUACACAUGUGAUCCCAACACUAAACCUAAGGACAGCUACAAAGGAAAGACCAUUGGGGCAAGAGGAACUGGUAAUGGGGGACCCAAAAUAGUCCAUCCCCUAAGAGACAUCAAUCACCCACACCAAGAGGAGACUGACUACACCUUAGAAGCCUGUUUUGCAUCCAUCUACUCUCCCCAAGGACUUUGUUUUACUGUUUAUGUUCAUGGUGAUUUUGACAGGGAAAUUGUCAUUUUUAUUAAUUUUUUUAAAAAUUAAUCUUUCAAAUAUAGUAAGUAGAACUAAUUUUUUGGCCCCUGAGGAGUGGGCAGAAGAAGGUAGUAUUGUAAUACCCAGAGGGCCUUUUCUUCCUGAUACACUGUAGUGUCUGCCUUCUGUUCUAAAGCAAAGUGGCUUGCCAAAUCCUUCAAGCAGUGAGCCAUGCUGAUGGGCAAUUUGGGGAUUGGGAGAAAUAUUGAAAUUUUGGUUUCCUUAAAAAAAAAAAAAACUGAAGUAGUCAAAAAAUCCCCUAAAUGCACUGUUGGCAUGUAUGUCAGCAUGGCUGAGGGAAGAAGGAGAUCUGAGCCUAAUUUUUGUUACUCCCUAAGGAGUUUCCUGUUGGACCCAGUGGGUCCAUGAGGACACUGAUGGGGAUGGAACCAGACCAUGUGUAUCAACUGCAGUUUUUCUGCUGUGUCCAUCUUCUCAGAAAAUCUGUUGCCCAGUAAUUUGGGAGCUCUUGUCAGUCGUCUUUCAUACAACUUACCUUUAAAGAAAGGAACGCUUUGAAAGGGAUACUGUGAUUAGGGAGGAGUGGGACAAAUCUCAAAUCCUGUAAUCAGUUUAAAUUCAUUUCCUGCUGGAAGUAAGUCCCUGGCCUUGAUACACCUAUUUUAGUGCUGUUAGCUCUUUUUUUUUUUUUUCCCCAAGGAUGCUUUGUAAAUGUCUGCAGUUUGAACUUGAUUUCUUAAUUCUUGUUUACUCCAUGUUGAAUACUUAGAUUUGCACAAACAUAAAUACAGAAGCAAAAGAAACACCUUCCUUUCUAAAGCAACAGCAUAAUCUUGACCUCUACCCCUCUUAGAAUGUUCUUAACUAGAACAGUACUCCAUGGAAUGUUUAUUUUUCUCUGAGGGCUGUAACUGAUAGGGACUUAUCUCUACUACUCCUCCAGAAAGCCACCAGCAUUGGUUGCAUUAUAAGAGGGUGGCAGAUUUUCUCCUUUUUUACCUGGGCCUGGUGGUUAUGGCCCCAUCUCUCCGACUUGGUUGUCCAUCAUAAAUUCAGCACUUGAAUUUCAAAUCAGAGAAUGCUGAUGUGUUAACACUUGCUAUUGAACAUGAUCAAAUGUUUUAAUCCCCUAGCAUAUUAUCUCUCUCCUCCACUACCUAACCUAGCAGACCAUCAACCAUCAGUAAUCCUGUAGCUGGAUUAAGGGGAAGAUUGUUUAUAUCCAGACCUCACCCCUAUCACUCAUAAAAUACCCCUUGUGGGGGUGGAGCUUUAGUGUUUUCAGCAACGAAAACCACAUUUUCCUCUUUCUUUCUUGCCCUUCGCAGGACUAUGAGCAUCUCAUAGUCCCCUCCCUAAACCCUUUCUGGUAAAGGCCACUCUUCUGCCUGAGGGCCAGGGGCUAGGAUCAUUGCCUGCCUACACAGUAGGAGCCCCUAGACAUGUAAAUUCAGGUCACCAGACCUGUAGGACAUGGCAGAAGAGAGGGACAAAGAAGAGCCAUCUCUUGUCCCUGAUGACCCAUGGAAACUACACUUCUAACUCUUCUCAUGAAGUGCUGUUUUUUACUGUCAAUCUGGUUCAUGCAAGCCUUGACACUAGAUCCUUUCUUUGAAACAGUGAAGUUAAUGUUUUCCUACAUUAUGCGCUUUAUUUGAACUCAUAUUUUAACUUCUGCUCUGGUCUUCCCUCUUUGGGAAUUGCCACUGUUUUUGCUCUGCCUUAUUCUCCCUGGUAUAUAAAGGCAUUGAAGUUCCUGCUGACACCCACCUGCUUGUUCUCUCAAAGCACACAUUCCCUAAGUAUACUGGAAUGAAAAGGGAGAUGGAUGCCCCACAAUGUGAUUUUCCUCCCUGCAGGCCCUCUCAGGAGUAUUGUCCUGAGCCCCAGUGUUUGGGUGCUUCUCUUCUGCUCUCAGUGGGCCGCUUUUGGUAUGGAAUAGGGCCUCUAGGCCUGACAUGUCUGUGCCACUACUAAGUCAGUAUGCAUGUUAGAAGGCUCCCUUGCCCAGUUACUCCCUUAGUCUCCUGACACUAGCAUAUUCCCGAUAAUUGGACUGAAAAAAAAAACUUUUAAGAUAUGGCAUGUUAGAUACGUUGGGGUAAAUGAGAUCCCUAGGUGCCGGAAAAGGUGCUGUUGGAAUGGUGCAUUGUGUGCAUUUGUUCCAGUUAAAUGAAGUUUAGAGGUUUGUACACCAUGACCAUGCCUGUUAUCUGUAGCUCUUCAAAUGUGAUGCUUGAGACUCUGGGACUAUUUCCCUUAUUCCACACAAGAAUGUAUCAGACCCCUGAUGAACCAUAUGUGGCAAAGAUGGGAGACCCUCAAAAGAUGGUUAGCCUCAGAGCCUGUCUAUAAGUUGAAGGAGGCUGAAGACAAACCUUGUAAUUGAUGACUAAGGAGGUGUCAUUUCAGCAGUACAUUGAGGGGCUUGUGCAGAAAGUUUGCUAUUUUCACAACUAUGCUCAGAAUAGAGGUGAAAGCUAAAGGAACAUAUAUGGAUACUUGUACUGCUGCAGCUGCUAUCUAAUAGCUAAAGCCAAAGACCCUUACUCUGCAGAGGCUUGAGUAAGAAGGUUGGGGGAUGUGAGAAUGUUGAAAAUCCUGAUGAAGGGAAAAAAAAUGUGAGGGAGAUCGUGGGAACUUUUUAAAUCCUUUUUGAUUGCUGAUAAUUUAGGUAGCACCUGAGUUAUUUACUUGUUACCACACAGCUAUUCGGGCAGUCCCUACGAUGUCCCUUUACAAUGGUUUCCCCCAGGACUUUGUUUCUGGGUUAUCUUCACUUGUGGGUAACUUACCUUUCUGGAGCUCAUUGCCUUUUAAAUCCUGUUCCAUAUCCCUUACCUAGAAUCUUUCCAAAUUAUAUUUUGCUGCUUUUCUUUAAUUCUCUAAAGCCAUACCUGCUAGAUUUUUUUUGGUCAGCAGAUACUCACCAAAGUUGAACCGAUCAGAUAGAAAAAAACCUCCCUUUAAGAAUAUUUUAAAAAUGAAUAGUAUUUUUUUUAAGCGUACCAUAUGAGUAUUUUUAAAGGUUAUAUUUUUCACUAGUCAUAAUAACUGUUUCUUGUUUUCUCUCAUAGAUUGCUAUGGGAUAAAAAGUGGUCCCUAGCUUCUAUUUUCCAAAUAAGUAGAAUAGUGUUCUUGGGAUUAUACUUUUAAGUGUUAAUUUUCUUAAAAGGAAGAUUUUUCUAUCUGCCAAGAGUUUUAUGUUAGUAUUCAGAUUGGGGUAGAAUAAAAGCUCCAGGUUUAACAUUUGGAUGACUCAGAUUGUGUCCCUUUAUAUUUGAAGUGGGCCUUCUACCCUCUUUUGGGAGGCACUGACCAUUUGAACACUGGAGAAUUGAUUGGUUGGAGUUUUGUAUUAAGAAUCUUGAAAACAAAGAAAGCCUUGAAAGAACUGCCAGUUUUGGCAUGAAUGUCCACCCCAUCGCCAUGUGAGUCUGCAGAGAUGGUUUUCCUCAGUCAGGGUUCAGUGAUAUCAUCUUCUUGUCUAUUACUAAUUUUUCAGCAUUAUUUUGGCAUUUGUCAUAUAGCCAAAUAAAGGCCUGUGGUUUUACCUGA